AUGCUGCGUACCUCGAUCGUCCGGGCGACGCGCUCCGCUGCCGUCCCCAGAGCCGCACCCGUCACCAGCCAGCUCCAGCAGUUCCGCCAGGCACACGCCAUCUCCAACCCUACACUUGCGAACAUCGAGUCUCGCUGGGAAGAUCUUCCUCCCCAGGAGCAGGCCGACCUCUGGAUGUCGCUGAGGGACCGCAUGAAGAACGACUGGAAGGACCUUUCUUCUCUUGAGAAGAAAGCAGCCUACUUCAUCGCCUUCGGUCCCCACGGCCCCCGCCGUCCUCCUCCUCCGGAUGAGGGCCGUAAGGUCCUCUUCCUGUCCGUCGCCGUCUGCUUCGGUGCCUUCGCUGUUUUCGCUUUCACCCGCAUGUUCGCCAGCCCCAUCAGGCCCCGCACCAUGACCAAGGAGUGGCAGGAGGCUUCCGAGGAGUACCUCAAGGCCCAGGGAUCCGAGCCCAUCACCGGCUACAAGGGCAUGCUGGUCCAAUCGGUCUCGGAGAAGAACCUCCCUCCCGGCCAGAAGCUCAACGACGAGUAA